GAUACAGCAUGACUCAACAUGUUUUCAGUUGAAGAAUUGCAUGUCAAGGUUAUUGCGUGCCACCUAGAAAGCUAACAUGACAUAUGACAUCUCCUAAGACAUAUAUAAAAAGGGAACACAGAGUACUCUCGAAACGUAGAAAAACAUUUGAGAAAGAUAUUCAAAUAUGGCAGAUACAGCAAUGAAAGGAGGUACAAGAUGUAAUGAUAGGUGUGGUUGCUCAGUUCCUUGCCCUGGUGAUUCCACCUGCAGGUGUGCAAGUGGGAAUGAAGGUGGAGGUGGGACUCAACACUUGACAUGCCCGUGCGGAGAGCACUGUGAGUGCAACCCAUGCACGUGCCCCAAGACAGUUGCUGCUGGAGCUGGCUGCAAGUGUGGCCCAGGUUGCACUUGUGCAUCCUGCCGCCGCGCUUGAUUAGUACUAUUAUUAUUUCAUAUGUGGGUUUUUAUUGUAUUAUGGUGUGUAUUUUGGUUUUGUUGUGUGUCUCUCUAGGAGUUAUAUAGUAGUCGUAAUUUAAUAAGAACGUGUUGUUAUUCCGCGUUCGCCGUUUUUUUCAAUGAAUGAUGGACGUGUUGUGUAGUUUUUUUUACUAGGUAGAAGUUGUGAGUUGAGAUUGUUCACUAUGUAUGUAUCAAAUUAUGCAUUUCAAAUCUUAAUGCAAUUUUAUAUGAGCAUAAUUUGAUGGGUUAUAUACUUGAAAUAAAAUUUUAAUGCAACUUAUGAUGAGC